AUGUCUAUCGACCAAGGUGACAAUGGCAGACAGACUCUUGUGCGUCCACCCUCCCAUCCGGUACCUCAGCUACAGAAACCCUUUGAAGAGUCCAUGAUGGAAUCAAUCAGCGAUCAAGGGGACCAAGAUGUGCCCAUGGAUGCUAUGGCUCGAAGGACCAUGCUGCUUGAGGCGCCAACCUAUCAACGGGUGAUAGCAGGGAGAUGGAAGCAGAAACCCGGUGAAAUAUACCACCCCUUGUGGAAGCUCGUGGCCCAAAUGUCGUUUGGGGUGCAUCUGUUGGCGGAAAAUAUGGCCAUAUCGGAAGAGGAGGUCAUGAGGAUAUUGCAGUCUCACGUCGAUGACAUUGAUGGCUUUUUGGAACGUACCACGGAGGAUUUCGACCUGGCGCAAAGCGACAUCCACGAAAGAAUCCGUUGUCUGAAACUCCCACUCGCACAUGGAGAUGUGUUUGACCGGAUGCUGGAGGAUCGCACAUUUCGAGCCUCUAUUCUCGAUGGAAAUGAAAGGAUCGAUCAUGUCAUUACUCGAACCAAGAGGGCCGCCAAGGAUGCUCUCAAAGACGUUCAGAAGGGCUUUGAUGCGACCAGCGUCUUGGAGAAAUACCUGUCCAAGCUCAAUUCCAAAUGGAAGAGGGAGUCGCCUGAGCAUGAGGCCGUGCUUGUCGCAAUGCUGGGAAACGUGGAAGGUUGGCGUCGUGCCUUUUUGGAACUGCAUCUACAAGGAAACAAGCUUUCAGGAUCUUUGAAGAAGCUCGCAGAAGUGGUGGCCGAGAUGCAAAGGAGGGCUGCUGCUGUGAGCAGAAAUGUCGUGGUCAGCUCAGUCCAUCAUACCGCCCCUGUUCUCUCUCUCCCCUCUAACGCUCGUCAGGCUAGAGCUCAGAAACCGAAACACAUCAGUUCGCAAAAGACGAAUGGUGCAUCGUCCCAUUCCGACUCCAUUGCGGACCAAAAGCCCCUGCCGACUGAACCGGGUCGACAACACUCAGCAAGGAACUCCUCUCGCAGCACGCAACUAACGAGCUUCUCCAGCCGCCCGAACAGUGGCCAGAAGUCGUCAAGUCAAGGAUUGACUUCGCAAUCACCAUCCGCCGGCCAUCAAUCACCGCGAUCCCCCGGGUCUAAAAGAAAUGCCCAAGCGGAGAGGGUUGAAAGCGCCCUGUCGCCCGAAGCAAAGGCGCUGGACGUAUCUCGUGCGGAGCAGGCCACUGAACGGAUGCAAAGCCUUGGUGGACUUCUCAUCCAGUUUGACAACGAUCACCCUAUCGAGCUUCCUGCGGACGUUCCCGAGGGCGCUCUUCGGCAAGCGCCUGUUUCGGUAAAAAAUCGACUGAGCAUGACCUUGGGGCUGAAAUCUAAGGAUAACUCGGAUCACCGAAUUUCAAGCAUCUAUUAUCCACGAGCUCUAAGUGAUCUCUUGAAAACCCCACCAAUAUCUCAUUUGUUACCCACGCCACAGUCUGCCAAACCCAAGGGCACGCCCGUCCAUGCUCUCACUGGCUUUACCUCCCGUGAGCAAAGUCCUGCCAUUGGAGUGAUUGACCCCGAUAGCAAGAAAGAAGUCAACUCGAACAAAGUGGCUUCUGCCGUCGGGAAGUCGGCUCGCGCUUCGAUUGCGGAAACAUCGGCCGGAACACGUCCUUCAUCGGUUCUCAACUCAGCAUUUACUUCACAUCCUGCUGUUAUGGCAAUGGCUUCGCCUCCGGCAGAACUUCCUGUCACCGCUGGACCAGAGGAGCGACCACCUUCCUCCCAGUCCAGAAAAGACUCGAAGCCUUCCAGUCUGGGAGAGCCGGGGCCUGCGUUACCAGAAGACAUGGCCACGAGAUCGGCGUCCAUUUCUGGACCACAGAUGCUGGUUGAUACGUCCAUUGUUACGGUGGCGGUCACUCCUGCCUCCGCCGAGAAGGAGACAUUUGCAACUGCAGAGCAAAAGGCUGAACACACCGGACUUGUCGAAAAGGCCGAAGAGACUAAAAACGCCGAGGCAGUCAAGGAGGAAGUUGUCGCAAUAGCUCUCCAAUCCCAAGACACCAUGAAAGACGGCGAUGAAGUUAAGCCGAAAACCGACGAGAAAGAAGCAGAGAAAGAAAUCCAUGAACACACCCCUCCUCCUCCAAAGGCAGACGUUGAUAAACCAGAGACACAAUUUCUGGCUGAAUUGGAAGCGAUUGUCCCCGAACCACCCGUCCCGAUAUCACAGCAAGAUUUUGGUCCUGUGGAAUUAGAAGCUCCGCAUCAAACAUUCAAACUACCACCCAGACCGAUUGCAGUUUCAACGAACCCCGACAAAGAAGUCCCUCGUGCCAGUAUCCAACAGUUGGAUGACUUUUUCAAAUUACCGACUGAACUCACCAUCAAACCUGGAAUGAAGCCCAAGGAUUUUGGAGACUCGACAUCACCAGAGCCAAUUCGCCCCCUGAAGUUAAAGCUUGCAAAGAAAGAUGGGAAAAUCGUGCCUGUACAAGUCAGUGGCCCAGGAGGUUCCCAAAAAGUCGGAAGUCCAGGGUCUAAACUCCGAAUGGAUGUCGUCGCAGACAUCAUCGAGACUAUGUCUCACACCCCGCCUGGUUCACCGAUUCAUGCCAGGUCUGCCUCGUCCGCUUCCUCCAAUUCGGCGCAACGAUGGUCGCACCGAUCAUCUAGGUCCCUAGGACCACCUGAUCAAGCACCGGCGCCUCCUGGCCCUGGAGGGAGACCAAUGGUGAAUCCAGACUUUGCAGCGGCCGGGCAAUUCGAAGGUGAACGUAAGCAAAAAAAGAGCAGCAGUAGAAGCAAGAGCGGGUGGAAGAGUUUUUUCAGCGGGAGCACAAACGCAACUCGAAGCUCAGGCACGUCGAUUACUACCAACCCCACAACCGAGGCCACAGCCAGUACCACUCGGCCGAAUUCAGAAGCCGCAACCAGUAAAAACAUGAUGACAACAUCGGGCAAGGAGGUGCUUUGGUUCAAAGGCGAUACGAAGAAGACUCUUGGCGUUUCCUCUGCGUAA